UUUCGGGGAAAAACGGCGUCGCGCUGUCACCAGCGAGUACGUGACGAUUGUGACAACAGGAUGGACAUCGUGGCGACGAUUCGGUGCUCGCGCAACGCGCUGUCGACGAAACGUUGCUGAGUGCGUCGUGCGUCGCGUGGGCGUCCUACCUUCCGUGUCUCUCUUUGCCCACGCUUCCGCAUUAAUAAGUUUAUUUACGCGUUCUCCUCUCCGCGUUGCGCUCUCACGAUCCGCGACAAACGCGAUCUGCGUUUGUCGUCGCGAAACGCCAAGUGCCGCGUCCCUCCAGCAGUUCCGCGUCACGCUGCAAUCGGUGUCAGCUGCUUGAUUGUUCGCCCGAUCGAGUGCCUAAUGUCAAACAUGAUUCACGUUUCUUUCCCGAGACGCAUCCCUCAAGCUCGCCCUUUUCUCCUUAGGAUUGAUUGUUUGUUGCGUGAUAUACAUUUAUAACAGAGAGUUUUUAAGUAUUAGUGCAACGUAUUGAAAUGAAUGUCGUUUUGGAAAUAAUAAUUAUUAAAAUAAUAUGUUGACAUAAAUAAACAUAAUUUUUUAAAACUUUUCCUUGUGGCAAUUUAGAACGACGUUAUUUUAAUACAGUACAUAUAUCACAAUAUUGUGUAUGAAAUAUAUAUAGUGUUGCUAUAUCAUUACUUGAUAAUUAACUUACAGUUUACGUGGCAUUUAUUUGUGUGAAGACUCAGUUCAAGUUGUAGAUUUUGAAGUUUAACUUUUAAAUUUAAUUUUUUGAUGCAAUUCAAUGGUGUAUUUGUUAAUGAUAUUUUUUUAGAUCCAGGAGGUGGAGAGUGUGGGGGGACAUUAAUAUGUGCUGGUUGUCUCAAUGCUAUUGAUGAAGAUGAAUUUAUACAGGCAUUAAAUCAGGAAUGGCACAUUGAUUGUUUCCGGUGUUCGGCAUGCGAUAUUGGCCUAUCCUCCUGGUACUUUGAGAAAGAUGGCUUGCUCUUUUGCAAAGACGAUUACUGGGCCGCUUACGGCGAAGCGUGCCAGGGCUGCGGCCAGAUCAUCACAGGCCCCGUCAUGCUGGCGGGCGAUCACAAAUUCCAUCCAGAAUGCUUCGCCUGUACUUCAUGCAGUGCGUUCAUCGGCGAUGGCGAGAGCUACGCGCUCGUCGAGCGGUCCAAGUUGUACUGCGGGGUGUGCUACAAGCGGCAGAUGCAGCCGCUCAACAGGACGGCGAACCACCCGUUCGCCAGGAAACCGCACAGCAUCAGGCUGGUCGAAAUACCACCCAGCACGACCGAUCCGGAUAAGCAGAGGGGAAUCAAACUCACACUAGACACAACUCCCAGUCCCCGCAGUUGCGGCGCUUUGCUGCGCAUUUCAGAGUUAAUGAGAAAUGUUCGUGGAAAGAUCAGUAAGCUGCUGGCCUCUGUGAUGGAGGUCCUAUUUAGGCUAUGCUGCCACUUCUCUAAUCAUAGAUUGAACAUGUCCAGUGAUCUUAUAUCGUUACACAUUGGCGACCGAAUCUUGGAAGUGAAUGGCACCCCCGUGAAAGACCAGCCGGUGGAAAAUAUCGAGAAUCUCAUACAAUAUUCAGAUACAGUUUUACAAUUGACUAUCGAGCACGACCCAGAUGCGGUAUCACGGCGACCCACGUUCUGCUCACCAUCCUCGGCGAUGCUAACAUGCGUCGGCAGUCCCAGAACGAGUCCCGAAGGCAAAGAGCGAUUGUUCAAGCGCCGGGACGAGGGUUACAUGAGCGGUGCACGCAGCCGACAGCUACGAAGAACGAGAGACCCGAUGCACAAGGAACGCAGCAGUUCUAUGUCGCGACUGCUUGAUGGAUCUGCUCCGACGAAUCCUACUUACGACCUGAGCCGCACUAGAUCUUUCCGCGUAGAGCCAAAGAAUCAGAGAAUAUUCCGUGCGAGCGAUCUGGUGAAGGGCGAGCUCCUGGGCAAAGGGUUCUUUGGACAAGUUUUCAAAGUGACGCAUCGCGACACGGACGAGGUGAUGGUCCUUAAGGAGUUGUACCGAGUCGACGAGGAUGCGCAGAAGAACUUUCUGAAAGAGGUUGCAGUACUACGCUCGUUGCACCAUAACAACGUUCUUCGAUUUAUCGGUGUGCUUUACAAGGAGAAGAAACUGCAUUUGGUAACCGAAUACAUAGCGGGCGGCACGUUGAGAGCCCUGCUGCACGAUACGAACGAACCAUUGCCGUGGGAACAGCGUACGUCUUUCGCGAAAGACAUUGCUGCCGGCAUGGCUUAUCUACAUUCGAUGAACAUCAUUCAUCGCGACUUGAAUUCGCACAAUUGUCUCGUUCGCGAGGAUAAGACUGUGGUCGUUGCCGAUUUUGGCCUGGCGAGAAUCAUUCAGAAUGGCAGCUCGCCGGAUAAUCGGAAGUACAAUCGGCAUUCCGACGGGGAAACGAAAGCCUCGAAGAAAGAGCGGAAAAAACGAUACACGGUUGUCGGGAAUCCCUAUUGGAUGGCGCCCGAAAUGAUGAAGGGCAACAAGUAUGACGAGAAAGUGGACAUAUUCAGCUUCGGCAUCGUCGUCUGCGAGAUCAUAGGUCGGGUCCAGGCAGAUCCCGACUACUUGCCCAGAUCAUCGGAUUUCGGCUUGAAUCAAAAUGUCUUCAAGGAGAAAUUCUGCUCCAAUUGUCCCGAAACGUUUUACAUGAUCGCGUUUCUUUGCUGCGACCUGAAUCCCGACAAGAGACCGCCGUUCGAAGUCAUGGAAGUUUGGCUGGAAGGCCUAGCGAUGCAUUUGUCGGUAGGUGCGGAAUUGCCGGCGGAUCUGGAUUUCGAUAUCAGAAAUUAUAAAGGACCGAGUCCAAGCAGCAGCGAGUCCACCACCCCGGAAACUCUGGCGCCGCAGUUGAAGCCUAUCAAGGAGGGUCAGGUGCAUCAGGAGAAGAAGCGGUCCAGCGGCUGCGACGACAGCACGCUAGAACGCGAGGUCGAACCCGUACUACCGGCUAACACGCUUCACGUGCCUGAAGUUGUGAGCCCGCGUAACAGGUACACGAGACAAAGCAGCAAGAGCAACGACGCUUCGGGUAACGCGGGCCGUUACUCGAGACAAAAUUCCAAAUCAAAAGAGCUUGUAUCCGACAAGGAGAAACCCGAGAUCGUGAUCUCGUCCGAUUCCAGUGGUUUCAGCGGGCGAUAUUUGCGGAACAAUAACGUCAAGGUAAAGGACACAUCCCCCGACAUUCCAAACACCUACGCUUACACGAAGCAGGAGACGUAUCCGAGACAGAUCGAGGCGAACGAGUAUAAUUUGACCCGAGUACCCACUGUCGAAAAGAUUAAGUAUGUGGGAAGCGCAAGUCCGUGUGCGGUUUCCGAUGCUCCGGAGUACAUAAUCGACAGCAAAGGCUCGUACAAGAUCAACAACAGCCUAAAACACAAACCGACGGAGAAGUCUAAUGAUACGAGCGGUAGUCAUAAGACAAAGUCGGAGGGCAAGUUCAAGAUACCGGAUGCCGCAAACUCCGUCGGUUCGUACCUGAAGCAAAUCGGGAAAUCUAUCGGCACCCUGGAGAAGGAGAAUAAAGCGAUUAAUAAUCGAAACGGCGCAAACUGCGGUGAGACUGAUGCGAAGAAAGCGACCGGCGAAGGCACCAAGUCAUCCUCCGGAUCGUAUCUGCGAAGAACGAAGAUAUCGCCGACCAAGGAGAUGUCGAAGAACGCGUUUUCCAGCAGAGAGAUUGCCAAGGACAAAAUCGAUGGCGUUUCACCGUUGCAGAAGUCCGUAGGGUCAAAAAUCCCACCGAGCCACGGGAACGUUGUAGGGAACGAGGACGUAAAGGGUAGGUUGUCCCGACAGGAGAGCAACCUAUCCGAUGUCAGUAGUAUCUUGUCGAGACAGGGCAGCCUCACGGUGUUGGACGGCACGUCUAAAUACAAGGAUUAUUCACCAUUCAACACAUUCACAGAGGACGACUUCCGCAAGAAUGACGCUCUCAGAAAACCAAGCACAGGUCUGUACCAUACUGACAGUCUUUAUUCCAACUCUAGUAUCUCAAAGCAGGACGAUUUCAUCAUACCUGACAGACAGAAUAUAAAUAGCGACGGUAAUCACACGGUUGUAGCCAAAUCGAUGGGUGAUGAUACAAAAAACCCGAUGACUUCGUCCAUUUAUGGCGACCUGAAGACGACGCCCAACUGUCUGGUCGAUUACACUGGGUGCUACAAGGGUGUCGAUAUCUGCAGGCAGGAUAGCUUCGGCUCCGACAGUGCACUCGGCACUAUGAAGAGCGAUUUCUUCGCGGAUGUCGAUUUGGCGCAGAUAAGAGACGGCCGGCAUACGCCCGACUUGUGCCAUACUCCCGAAAGGUGCUGCACGCCCAAUCGUCCCAACCGCCCAACGUCGCCGAUAGAGAGUACCGCUUUGUGAAUUAAAACACGGCAGAGGGAAAGAGAGAGAGAGUAACCGCUUUACGGAAUGUAUAAUCUUGCGCAAUUCCUGAUCAUAGGUGAAUCUCAUUUGCUACUAAUUUGAUCUCUUUAUUCAUAAUGUAAGGUCUGGACCAUGUAACAUGCUUAGUUUGUGCAGUAUUAACGUUUUUAGCCAAAUCGUCCAUUAUCUUUAGUUGAACGAUAUAGUUGAAUUCGAUUUUACUAGACGAUAUUUUGAUUAGAUAUUUUUACUGCAACCUAACUUGAAAUGUCGAGGAAUUGAUAAUGGAUGCAACAAAACAGAUGCAAAAUUUCAGACCGGAAUCUAAUUCCGCUAGAUGAAUCAAAAUGAAUGCUGAAGAGAGUAACGAUAACGCGACACACAGUAUUAAUGAAUUUUUUUUGCUAUCGGUUUAUACAAGUUUUUAUAUUAUAGCGACAUGAUUUAACUAGCCUAGUAAGGAUUUUAUUACAUUCCUAUCUUGCCAUGCGGUUUUCAAAAGUGAGAGUUCAAGCGACUAAUCGCGAUUCCGAUGAAGAAAAGCAUUCCAUCCAAAAUACUAUAUUUACACGGAUUAUGCCGGGAUUUUGAUAAGUAUUAUUAUUAGCGUGUGCGCGAAAAGGCGACACUGUGAACAUGUGUUGACUUUGCAGAUUACAAAUUACACGAUACCACGAAAUCAAAAACCGUCAAAAGAGGUAUGGAGUUGGUGCAAAUGCACUUUCUCCAAAAAAUUACACUAUCAUGUAUGUUUUCCCUUAAACUGUGAAACACGUUAUGUAGAUUCAGUUCUUGUAGAAUAGUAUGUAAAAAUUAUAUCUAUUUCCGAGAUGUACAUCACAGUGUAAUAUAUUGUAUACGUUUGUAAUACUGCUGUAUAUGUACAGAUAUAUCGAUAUAUAUAUUAUAUAUGUAUGUACACAUGUACGUGCACAUAAAUAUAUACAUGUAUACAUGCGACGUUUAUAUCCUCGUUACGUGUUCUCUCGAUAUAUUUUGAUAAAGUGAGAUUAUGUGUAUAUUAAAAUGUGACUUAUUUAUAUAUCUCUUCUUGCUGACGACGUGCAUCUUCUUACAUGCUCUUUUAUCGAGGAUAUAGAUGACGGCAAAGUAGUAAAUAUCAUAUGUAUAAAAGAGAAAGCAAAUAAUUUGUAUAUAAUUUUGUACAUAUUCAAAUAUUUGUAACUUUCAAAACACAUUGAUCGAUGUUUGAGUAGUACUAAGUUUUAUACUUGCGACGUAAGUAUACAACGUAGUUCGUUUUGCUAUAUUCUGCCCGAGAUGUAUUUCUUUGCCUCUUCUUUAAUCGCAUGUCGAUUCUAUCUCAGUUCAAGUAAAAUUCCAUGCGUUUGUUGUGCUUUCAUAGAUGCAGUCCCGAGGAAUAAUUUUAAUACUCAUAAUUUUGUCGAAUGUUUUUUUUAUCCAUCUAUCACAACUACAUUGUUUCAUUUCGUUUGAUUGUGAUGCAUGGAAUUAUGCGAUUAAAAAUGCGACUACUUUCCUUUUUCUGACAUAUAAAUGAAUUCCACUUAUAUACAUGUGCACUUAUACAUUGGUUAAUAUAUUAUUUCUCGAAUAAAUGUUUAUUACUUAUGAUAAA